ACGAAAUUUGAAUUCUGCGUGAAGCCAACGAUUCAACGUUUUUUUUGUUGAUGAUCGUGAAAACAAAUUAUUUUGAAAAUUGUGUAUUUAGUGUAAGAUAUACGCAACUGCGUUGUGUAUAAGAUUUGUGCAUAAAUUGUAUGUUGAGUGCGAAAUUAUGACGUCGGAAAAGCCAAGCAGAAAGGACAAAAAUCAGAACAUUCAAGUGUUCGUUCGACUGAGACCACUGAAUCAGCGAGAACGAGACAUCAAGUCGCUGGGAGUGAUCGAAGUGGUAAACAACCGCGAGGUGGUUGUCCGACAGUCACAGCAGACCUCCCAUACUAAGAAGUUCACAUUUGACCGAGCUUUUGGCCCUCAUGCGAAACAGGUUGAGGUAUACCAGGAGGUGGUGAGCCCUCUGAUCGAGGAGGUCCUAGCCGGAUACAACUGCACAGUGUUCGCUUAUGGACAGACCGGCACGGGCAAGACCCACACCAUGGUGGGGGAGAAUACCGGGGACGAAACCACUUGGCAGAAUGACCCACUAGCCGGUAUAAUCCCCCGAGCCCUCAGCCAGUUAUUCGACGAGCUCCGUAUAUCAAACACGGAGUACACCGUCCGGGUGUCGUACCUGGAACUGUACAACGAAGAGCUGUUCGAUCUGCUCUCUACCUCCGAAGACAACUCCAAGCUGAGGAUCUAUGAAGACGUUACGAGGAAGGGAUCCAAUAUUGUUAACGGCUUGGAGGAGAUUACGGUAUACAAUAAGAAUGAGGUAUACAAGAUCAUGGCCCAAGGACAAGAGAGGAAGAGAGUCGCUUCUACGCUCAUGAAUGCGCAAUCUAGCCGCUCGCACACAGUGUUCACCAUCGUGGUGCACAUGAAGGAGAACAGCCCCGAGGGUGAGGAGCUCGUCAAGAUCGGCAAGCUCAAUCUGGUCGACUUGGCCGGCUCCGAGAACAUCAGUAAGGCGGGCUCCGACAACCCGGCGAAACGCGAGCGUGCACGAGAGUGCGUCAACAUCAACCAGUCGCUGCUCACUCUCGGCCGGGUCAUCACUGCGCUGGUGGAGCGCCACCCGCACAUCCCCUACCGCGAGUCAAAACUCACACGCAUCCUGCAAGAAUCCCUCGGCGGACGCACCAAGACUUCCAUCAUUGCCACCAUCUCGCCAGGACACAAGGACCUGGAGGAGACCAUGAGCACAUUAGAAUACGCUCACCGCGCCAAGAACAUCCAGAACAAGCCAGAAGUCAACCAGAAGAUGACCAAGAAGGCCAUUCUUAAAGAGUAUGCCGAGGAGAUUGACAGGUUGAAACGAGAUCUGCAGGCCGCGAGGGAUAAGAACGGUGUGUACCUAGCCAGCGAUACCUUCGCCGAGAUGACGCUCAAACAGGAGGAGCAGCGCAAGGAAAUCCAGGAGCUGCUCCUCAAGAAGCGCGCCAUGGAGGAGGAGCGCGACAAGCUCGGCACCGUCUUCCAGGACAUCAACCAGAAGCUGGAGCACGCGGGACACCAGCUCAACGACACCAAGAACCAGUUGAAUACGACCAAGGCCAAGCUCGCUGACACCAACAAUGUGCUUCAAACGACGAAGCUUCGGUUCGAGGAGCAACGCCACCUGGUGGUCGCUCAGCAGCAGACCGAGGCCGCGUUGGGGGCGCAGGCGCGCGCGCUUCUAGCCGCUGCCGACGCUGCUAGCAAGCACGCUUCAGCGCUGCACGAUACCGUCGACAAGCGCAGAAACGUGGAGUCAACCAACCUAGAAGUGACGCAGACAUUCCGCGCGGAGUCUGCGCAACAACGCGAGCAAAUAGCCGCCGGCGCACAGCACUUCACCGACUCACUGCUGCAAACUCUCAACGGGCUACACUCCACGCUUGACAAUUUUACUACGAACACAGUAGAAGCACAAGACCAGAAUAAGAACAAGUUGACCGAAUUAGUGCAGAAACUAGUCGACGCUACAGCUGAGAUUAAAACCCUAACAGCAACAGCCCAAGACAGCUUCUCCAAAGCCGCCGAGAACCACCGCGACCAGUUGCAACAAGCGCUACUAGUCCAUACACGCGAUUUGGAGCACUUCAUCAACUUGUUCGUAUCGGCGCUAUGGGCGCACACGCAUCGGAUGAAGGACGUAGAGAUAGCUAAAGACAUUGAGAAGUUUGUGGAGGAGUGGGUAAGUGGAUUUGUAAAUGUAAACCCAAUACACUGAACUGUCUCACCCGUG